CCUUUCCAAACAUUAUACAAAUGGAUUCAACAAUACAGCAUAUUAUAACAGACCUAUAUGUAAAUUCCUUGUAACAAAACAGGAAAUAUGUCGACUGCUUUUUUCCCCCUUCCUCAGAGAGAUCACGUGAUAAAGUUCAUGUGACACUACAACAAAAAGAAACAGAUUUUAGUUUCGUUCACGUUUGAAAGUUAUUGGUUCUAUAACAAAUGUAUCUUGUUAUUCACUAUGGAUUAAGCUUUGUUCCGUUCCCACUGGCAGUUUGGACAAACAAGACGUCCUGAUUGAAGAAUUAAUCUGACAUCACAUAUUAAGAAAUCGCCCCAAUGGCCAGAACACAUCACUUCCUGUUGCUCUUGUGGAAGAACUAUCUCAUUCAAAAGAGAAAGAUUUUUUUGACAUUCAUCGAGAUCUUUCUGCCAACAUUUUUUGCUGCUCUGCUUAUUGUCAUCAGGCAGGUUGUGAAAGGAACUCCAAUUACCAACGUAACAACAUGGGAUUCAUGUUUCAUCGAUACGCUUCCUCCUGUAGCCCCAGACAGCAACCUGCCCCAUGGUCUUGCCUUCACACCACGGAAUCCUGCUGUUCUGAGAAUCAUGAGUAAAAUGAAAGAUAAACUUCCGGCCAUUCAUCCAGAUGCUGGCUUUGACACAGAGGAUGAGAUGGUGAAUUUCUUACUCGGAAACACAACAAAAUAUCUUGGAGGAAUAGUUUUUACUAGCCCAUUUGAAAAAAAAGGGACCGCUUUCAGCACCAAAAUAUCUGUGAAAAUACGACUCAGCUCUUCCCCGCGCAAUGCUGGCAAGCAGAAACAAAUGAACCCGUUUGCUACUGAUACUCGCUGGAAGACCAAGUUUAUGUUUCCCAUCUUUCAGCGGGUGGGACCACGUGAAAAAAAGAAGAAAUGUGGUGGUGCACCAGGCUACUACCGAGAGGGUUUCCUAGCUCUACAAAAUGCAAUCAACUAUGCCUUAUUUGAUGAGUUUUCCACUGCUAAGACAAAAUACCUGAUCAAUGACACAGAAAUGAUACUACAACGGCAUCCAUACCCACCGUACAAUGAUGACAACUUUGUGUUGGUCAUUCAGAAACAGUUUCCAAUGCUGCUGUUGCUUAGUUUCAUCGUGGUAGCGCUCAGUAUUGUCAAGGAUGUUGUCCAUGAGAAGGAAAGAAAGUUGAAGGAAUCGAUGAAAAUGAUGGGUUUAAGCAACUGGUUGCACUGGACGGCCUGGUUCGUCAAGUACUUCCUGUUUCUGAUGGUCUCCGUGAUCAUCAUGACAGUCUUCUACAGCAUAAAGGUCGGACCCAAGCUGGAGAACGUCAUCGGGAAGACCGCACCCACUGUUCUGUUCGUCUUCCUCAUCCUCUACGCCAUCUCAACAAUCAUGUUCUGUUUCUUCAUCAGUGUCUUCUUCUCUACGGCCAAUAUGGCGGCAGCAGCCGGUGGUAUCCUCUUCUUCAUUUUCUACAUCCCGUACUUCUUCAUUCAACCAAGAUACGACACCAUGAGCUGGAUCUUCAAGAUCGGUGCCUCCCUAGACUUUCAGAUUGCUAUGGCACUGGGUGGUCAAGUUGUUGGAAUGUUUGAGGGAACAGGUGCUGGAGUACAGUGGGAUAAUGUGUCGAAGGGAGCAUCAGUUGACGAUGACUUUGCUCUCCUGCAUGUCUUUGUCAUGCUGCUCUUUGACAGUUUCGUUUAUGGACUAUUAGCCUUUUACAUUGAAGCAGUGUUCCCUGGCGAAUAUGGAGUUCCAAAACCAUGGUAUUUUCCAUUUAAAAUCUCGUACUGGUGCGGUACAAAGUCUGGUGAUGUAUACCUUGAUGACCAGAGUGUGGGACAAGAUCCCAAUCUGUUUGAAAAGGAUCCUGUGGGUCUGAAAGCAGGAAUAAAGAUUCGGAAUCUUAGAAAGGAAUUUAGGCGAAAUGGUGAACACAAGGCUGCCGUUGCAGGGAUGACCCUCAACAUGUACGAAGGUCAAAUAACUGCACUGCUUGGUCACAACGGCGCUGGCAAAACGACCACAAUGUCAAUGCUGACUGGAUUCAUCCCUCCUACAAGUGGCACGGCACUGGUUAACAACUACGACAUCCGUACUAACAUCGCUAACGUGCGUCAAAGUCUCGGCCUCUGUCCACAACAUGACGUCCUGUUUGAUACCCUAACAGUGGAGGAACACCUUAUCUUCUUCUCUAAGCUGAAGGGAGUUCCCAAAGACAAGGUCAGCGGUGAAGUUGAAAACAUGUUGGAUUGCAUUGGUUUGACGGACAAGAGGAAUGCACAGUCAAAAACUCUGUCUGGAGGCAUGAAAAGAAAGCUGUCAGUUGGAAUUGCUCUCAUUGGAGACUCUAAGAUUAUUAUUCUUGAUGAGCCUUCCUCGGGAAUGGAUCCUGACGCUCGCCGUCAUAUCUGGUCGGUCCUGCAAAACAACCGAGCCGGACGCACGAUGGUGUUGUCCACUCACUUCAUGGACGAAGCUGAUCUCCUCGGCGACCGAAUUGCCAUCAUGACGGAGGGAGUAAUCAAGUGUUGUGGCAGUUCCAUGUUUCUAAAACGCAAAUAUGGAGCUGGAUAUCACAUGGUUAUCGUGAAAAGUGCUGUUUGUGAUGUUAACAAGAUUACUGAAGUAGUCAAGAGUUAUGUCCCCCAGGCAGAAGUGGAGAGCAACAUUGGAGCUGAACUUUCAUACAUUCUGCCUCAGGAGAGUUCCAAUCGGUUCGAAGAGUUGUUUACACAGUUACAAAAUGAACAGAAGCAGCUUGGCAUUUCCAGCUAUGGUGCUUCUGUUACAACCAUGGAAGAAGUGUUCCUUCGAGUUGGUGAAAAUAUAGAUGAGAAUUUGAGAAAAAGACUGCAGAAGAAAACUACAGAAGUGGAACAUUUUGAUAUGAAUGGUGAUACCUCACCUCAUGUGGAAAUUGAUCUGCGAACUCCGGUGUCACACAACUGGGGAACAGCUUUGUACUUGCAGCAGUUCUGGGCCAUGUUCUUGAAAAGAGUUCUUCACACAUUCAGGAACAAAGUCAUGACAGCAUCCCAGUUGAUCGUCCCUUUAUUCUUCACCAUCAGUGCACUGAUCGUGAUCAAGACUUUACCUGAGACAUCAACCUCCCCUUCUCUCAUCCUCACUGCUAAUGAUUUCAAAUCCAAUUUCCUACCUUACACCACGCCAGUCAAUGCAUCAGGCAAUCUGAAAACACUGAGCAGCACCUACAGAGACCAGUUUAAGAGCAGCAUGACCAAAGUGGUUUACGUGAAUGAUCUGCCUCAGUUUAAAACUCAUCCAGAUGUGGUGAAAUAUUUGACAGAAAAAGGAGAGGAGAGCAUCAGUACAUACAAUCUUCGUUAUGUGCUUGCAGCCGAUUUCCAACAGGCAGGAAAGAAGACCAAAGUGGUGGCCUAUUUCAACAACCAGGCCUACCACAGCCCGGCGAUUACGUUAGCCAGCAUGGCCAGUGCCUUCAUUAGGUUCAUUGCCAACAACAGCAUGGUUGAUUUUGAGAUGUCGAAUCACCCGUUGCCAAGAUCGAAUGCCAGCAAACUGAAUGACGAGAUGACUCAGGGAUUCCAAGGGUUCAUGCUGGCAUUUAACGUCUGCUUUGGAAUGGCUUUCCUGGCCAGUAGCUUCGCCGUGUUCCUGGUCAAAGAGCGUGCCACAAAGGCCAAACAUAUCCAGUUCGUGAGCGGGGUUCGUGCCGUCAACUUCUGGUUGUCCACGUUCUGUUGGGACUUUAUCAACUACAUCAUACCAGCCGUUUUGCUGAUUGUCUGUUUCGCAGCGUUCGGUACUGGCCAGUAUGUUGAUGACUAUAGGUUCUUUGAUAUCCUCUUACUGUUUGUGAUGUAUGGCUGGGCCAUGCUGCCAUUCAUGUAUCUGUGGUCGUUCCUGUUUCAAGUGUCGUCUACGGCCUAUGUCUGGAUUACCAUGUUCAACAUCAUUUCAGGUGUUGCUACAUUGCUGACUAUUGGCAUAUUGUCAAUUCCCCAGCUGGAUCUUCAGUAUGUGGCUGAAAUACUGGAGUGGAUUUUCCUAACAUUUCUACCAAACUUCUGUCUGGCCCAAGGACUGCAAGAUUUCUAUCAGAACAAUGAGUUUCUGAAUCUUUGUGAACCGUACAUAAAAUUUUGUCCUUUCAUGAAAAAACCAUUCCCGUGUUGUAGAAAUAAUUGUGGUGACCUUUGCGCCGACUUCAACACUGACUACCUCGGAUGGGAAGCCAACGGCAUCGGCCGGAUGCUGACGUUCCUGACCCUCCAAGGCUUCGUGUACUUCAGUCUGGUAUUUCUCAUCGAGUCUGAGCUCCUGAAGACACUCUUCUACAAACUGAGAAACUGGCAGAACGUGCACCCUCUUGUGAUUCAGAGGUCCGACUCUCGAAUCCAGGAAGACAGCGAUGUCGCAACUGAGCGGGCGCGGAUGGCCAACUCGACACUGUGGCAGCUGUUUGGAAUGGACAAGCUCAUACUGCAGGAGGUGGUCAAGAACUAUGAGACGAUAUGCGCAGUGGAUCACAUCAGCGUGGGCAUCCCGCAGGGCGAAUGUUUCGGACUGCUGGGGAUAAAUGGCGCUGGUAAGACGACCACGUUCAAGAUGCUGACGGGAGAUGAGUUGAUGUCCAAUGGGGAGGUGUACAUUGAUCAGUGCAGCGUGAAGACCAAUAUUAGAGAGGUCCAGCGAAAACUUGGCUACUGUCCUCAGUUUGACGCCCUCAUUGGAGAGUUGACGGGAAGGGAGAUGUUGACGAUGUUUGCGCGACUGCGAGGCGUCGUUGAAGGGAAGAUCAGUCACAUGGUAAAGAAUCUGAUAAACGCUCUACUGCUCACAGAGCAUGCGGACAAGCUGUCGAAAACUUACAGUGGAGGAAACAAGCGUAAACUGAGCACUGCUAUUGCUUUGAUUGGCUACCCACCCAUAAUAUUGCUUGAUGAACCAACCACAGGCAUGGACCCAGUUGCUAAGCGACUGUUGUGGGAUGCACUAGCGGCUGUACGAGACAGUGGAAAAACUCUUGUCCUUACGUCACACAGUAUGGAGGAAUGCGAGGCUCUGUGCACUAGACUAGCCAUCAUGGUGAACGGUCAGUUCAAGUGUCUCGGCAGCCCCCAGCACCUCAAGAACAAAUUCGGGGAGGGUUACACCCUCAUAGUGAAGGUUGCUAGCACCGACGUCGACCCCGAUCCCGACCUUCAACCCUUGAUGACCUUCAUAGAGGAGCAGUUUGCCGGGAGUGUGUUGAAGGACGUACACCAGUCUAUGCUGCAUUACCACAUAACGGACGUACGCUUGACGUGGGCACAGCUCUUCGGAAUCAUGGAGAGAGCAAAAGAAACAUACAGCAUUGAAGACUACCUGGUCGGGCAGACAACUCUGGAACAAGUGUUUAUUAACUUUGCCCGGUCUCAGGUGGAAUCAAAUGAAAUAAAAAAAGGAUGCUUAAGUUGGUGUUGCUAGGUAACAUGUUUUUGUUUUGUAGUAAUGGGUGUGGAUUUUUUUUUAUCACUAUCUCACUGUGAUGUUCAAAUAAGAGAAAGUGGUAUUUUUGUGAUUUUGUGUAAAACUCUAAACGAUAUGCUGCGCAAGCAAAAAAUUAAAUUUCUGAUGUAUGUGGUUUGAAAGUGAAAAUUUAUCAAAAUGUAUGAGGGUUUGAAUAAUUUCGGGGUUAAUACAUAUUCUCUGAAACUAAUGAUGUAUAGAUGUGUAAGGUAACAAAAAAUCUAGUUUUAACUAACAUUGGUGCAGUCAUGUGAUUGACUUCAUAAAGUAAUACAUUAACCAUACAACUUAUUUUUUUCUUGUCCUGUCCCCAGUUUUCUUUUGCAACCAAAGAUGUUCAGGAUUAAUGUUUCUUAAUCUUUGUUGAUUGUUUUGUGUUUUAUAUGACUUUGAUGUACUGUUGAUUAUUGAUACUGUUCAGUUAUUGUUUCUGUGUACAUGUAUUUGUGAACUUUGUUACAUUGGUUUGUUUGAUAAAAUGUGCCUUGGCCUUCUGUAUAAUUUUAUACUAUUAUAAUUAAUGCAGUCAUAAUAUUAAUGCAAAAAAUGCGAGGUCAUGUUAUACGCAUUAAUAAUAUGACGUAUUUAUUUUUAUGUUUUGUCUAUGUGUCCGACGUUAUUAAAAAAACAAAAACACCAAAGAUUAAAAUUCUAAUAAAUUUAUAAAACACAACUGGAAAACAAAUCAUUGUUUGCGAGACAGACUAAUUGUCCAAUAGUCCAGCAAGAUGCCAGCCACGUUUGACGAUUACAGGGUCAUUGGCCACCCUGCCAAAAGCCCACAUGAUCCAUCGCACAUGAAUGGGUUUUAGCACACUAAUCCUGAGGUCGACCAUUUCUUAGUUUUUACUGUUCAAGUUUGCUGUAACUUUGUCGGCAUACCACUUUGUGAAUUGUUCUUUCAUUGUGACUUUGAAAUCGCCGUUCACAGAUAAGGAAAAUAAAGUUGUAAUGGUACAAUGUUUAACCAGAUUUAGGUAACUACACGUUACGUAAAUUUUUACAAAAAUAUGCUUUGAGUUGAUCUCACCAAAACACUAGGGACUUAACGGGUUAAUGAUGUGUACACAGACAUGUUAGUGAGUUGAUCUCAUUGAAGACAACUGUCACUGAUUUAACCGAAGGGUACACAGACGUGUAUUGUUAGAAAAGUAAUAUUCAUGUCACAUUUUAGUCUGCCCAACGCCAAUCGCAUUAAUUUAGGAAUCUACCGUAUAGAUAAAGACUCGGGGGCCAAAGGUGAUGUUUUAAGUAAUGACACACUCAGCACAUUUUAUUUACAGUUAUAUGGCGUCAGCAGGGCCAAAGUUAUAUAUAAUAUAUAUUUGUUAGUCACAUGGAACUCUUAACAUGUAUAUUUCUCAUUCCAGCCUACGCUGCACAACUGGUAUAACAAAGGCCAUGGUAUGUACUAUCCUGUCUGUGGGAUGGUCCAUAUAAAAGAUCCCUUACUGCUAAUCGAAAAGAGUAGCCCAUGAAGAAACAGCAUUAUGUUUUCUGUCUCUAAUUAUCAAAGUGCUCCAUAACCAUAUGUCUGAGAUAAGAGAUAAUGGGUGUGUUGUUAAAUAAAACAUUUCUUUCUCCAACCUGCAUGGGCGUAGGAAGGUGCCAAAAAGUGGGGGGUGCACACACACAUAA